GGCCUCCGUUGACUGAAUGUUUUAUUGGUUAUUAACGGUUCAUCUGAUUUUGAUUCAAGUUUUAAUUUGGAAUCGACAUUCGAUUGACUUGGCGUUCAUUUUCAGUUCAUUGUCAUUGGAGAUGUUUUAAAUGCGAGCUGCGAGGCGAGAACUAGUGACUGCUAAGGACCGUUGAUAUUUCAAUAGCAGUCUUUUGUAACGGCGUGUCUGUUGCGGCAAAGGAGAAGGGACAUAUCGCAAAUAUUUUAACAGGAAUACACCAAUAUGAACAAAACCGAAAUGUACAUAAUAACAGCAUUGCUGAUAUGCGCUCUGGUAGAAAACAGCGCAGAGGCAAAACGAAGCUUCCAUCACAUGCUUGGUAAGCGAACCCACGGGAUCAACGCACGGGGUUACACCCACGUCUUUGGUAAGCGAGGACGUGGUGCCGAACUAAGCAAGUAUGACCCAUACAGAGAUACAAACGAUCUCAAUAUGGACGAACUAGAUACAUUAGAAAGUAAGGAUGAUGAAAAAGGAUUUGAUGAUCAACUACAAGACUCACUGCCUCUUGCUAUAAACUGGCCCGAACAAAAGGAUAAUCGCAACGUCCCUUCUGACAGCGAUUCUGCCCUGCCCCUUGCUAUAAACUGGUCCGAACAAAAAGAUACUCGCUAUGUCCCUUCCGAUAGCGAUUCUGCCGAGUCUGAGGGCCUCGAUGUAUAUGACAAGACACCAUGGUCACCAAAGAGCGAUCACCGAUAUGCGUACCCCAGGGAAGGUUCUGAUUUGGUUGACACCAACACGAAAAUCCUUGAAGAACUUCUACGGUCAUCGUCAGCCGAUGAACGAUCCAAGCUGUUUGACCGCAUCAACGAACUCAGUCGUUCUUCCGCUCACAAAUGGAAGUGACGUUACCUUGGAAACGCGUUCCACCAAUGAGCAGCAGUGUGUAACGCAAAUGAAAGCAUGUCAAAGCUUAACAAUAUGUCUAGUACAAGAACGUUACCCUAGUAGCUAUGGUUUCUGUAUUUGCCAUCAUUUAACGUUCUUAGUAAAUAUAUAAAGUAAAGAAACACGAGAAAUGCGUGUGUUUUUCAUGGUAGAUCUAUAUUUUAGAAAAUACAAAAUGUUUUUAAAGCUGGAUGUUAAAUAAUUAAGAUAAACAUUUUGUUGUAUCGCCCUUAUGUGGACGUUGCAGUAGCUAUGAAUUACAUUAUGCCUUUAGGACAAUCCGUUUGUUACUUGUACCGACGUAUCAUCCUCUUCAAAUCUUACUAUAUUGUUUAUUUAUAUGAGUCGUGUUCUGAGUAAACUGGUCUUAAUGCAUGUGCGGCUAAUCUGGGACGACACUUUCCGCCUAAAGUUGAUUUUCGGUAAGGAAGACUUCCUUGAAACUCAAAAACACCAUUAAAGCAGAAAGUAUCGUCCCUGAUUAGCCUGUGCGGACUGCACAGGCUAAUCUGGGAUGACACUUUACGCCCAUGCAUUAAACCCAGUUUUCACAGAACGCGACUCAUAUAGACACGACACAAACGACAUUCCAAAUGAAUCAUUCAAGGAGAGCGCACCAAUAUGCUUAUAAGUCAGAAACGUGAACAGUUUACAGACCAUAAUACACAUAUAACACAUUUGUUAUACAUAAAAUAAAUAAAGAUUAUCACAC